AUGCCUCAACUUGACUUUGAACCCCUCGUCGCUGAUGAUACUCGAAUCUUAGGUCAAGAUCCUUUGAUCCCCCCUCAAUUACUCCUCUCCGAAAUCCCCAUUUCAAACGAUUCUCUUGAGACCGUCGUUAAAGGUCGAAGAGAUGCUGUCGAGAUCAUUAUGGGUAGAUCUGACCGUCUUUUGGUCGUCGUCGGACCUUGUUCACUUCAUGAUCCAGCCACCGCCAUCGAGUACGCAGGAAAAUUAAAGAAUCUUGCCGAUAAAUUGUCUAGUGAUCUUUGCAUCAUUAUGCGUGCCUACCUCGAGAAGCCCCGUACAACUGUUGGAUGGAAAGGUUUGAUCAAUGACCCAGAUAUUGAUGAGUCAUUCAAGAUCAACAAGGGCCUACGAAUCAGUCGUCAACUCUUCUGCGAUCUCACCAGCAUCGGUGUGCCCAUUGCAACUGAAAUGCUCGAUACCAUCUCCCCACAAUUUCUCGCAGAUUUGAUCUCGCUCGGUGCUAUUGGUGCAAGAACCACUGAAUCACAAUUACAUCGUGAGCUUGCAUCAGGUCUGUCUUUCCCAGUUGGAUUCAAGAAUGGUACCGAUGGAAGCUUGACUGUUGCAAUUGAUGCCAUUGGAUCUGCGGCAGCUAAACAUCAUUUCAUGGGUGUUACAAAACAAGGUCUGGCUGCUAUUACCAGAACCAGUGGAAAUGAGCACGGAUUUGUUAUCUUACGUGGUGGUACCAAGGGUACAAACUUCGAUGCUGAGAACGUUAAGCUCACUAAGGAAACUUUGACCAACAAGGGCAACUCAAACAAGGACCACCGAAAUCAACCCAAGGUCGCCCAAGUCGUCGGUGACCAAAUCCGUGCUGGUGACAAAUCCAUCAUCGGUGUCAUGAUCGAGUCCAACAUCAACGAAGGCAACCAAAAGGUACCAGCCGAGGGCCCAGCCGGGCUCAAGAAGGGUGUCAGUAUUACUGAUGCUUGUGUCAACUGGGAAUCUACCAUCGAAGUUCUCGAGCAACUUGCCGAUUCCGUUCGGGAACGCCGCAAGCAUUCAUCUUAG